AUGACGGAAGCUGUGGUACUCGGUUCUGAUCCUCUAAAUUGGCUGGAACAGGUUAAAAAAUGUCGUUAUUUGCCGGAAACCGAGAUGAACAAACUUUGUCGAAUGUAAGUUCAUUUUUAACUUUACUGGACGUUUAGAUCUUAAAAAAGUUGAUUUAAAGAUGCUGAAGGCUUUUCAAAACACUAAAAUUCAGUUUUGACAGCGUUUUGGGAUGAAAGUUACAAAAACUGCUAUAAUUUAUAUUAUUGUAGGUUGCGAAAUCGAAUGGUAAAUAUGCCUUCUGUAGUUCGAGUUAGUUCACCGGUAACCGUUUGUGGAGAUAUCCAUGGACAGUUUUAUGACUUGUUAAGGUUGUUUCAGUUAGGAGGUGAACCAUCAGACAUAAAAUACGUCUUUCUUGGAGGUAAGCGUUUAUCUAUAACAAUAUAUUUGAUUUUUAGGUGAAGAACUACGUUUUCUUGGUAUUUCUUAUUUUGUACAGAUGACUAGUGUUUUAUGGCAUACACAUAUAAAGAUUUUAAAAUUUUGAAUUUCUAUAAUUUGGAAUAGUGAAAUAACGUGAUAUUAUUUUAGACUACGUUGAUCGAGGUCAUUAUUCAGUGGAAACUGUCACAUUGUUGUUCCUGUAUUUCUUGUGCUAUCCAGAUAAUGUAACGCUAAUUAGGGGGAAUCACGAAACAAGGAGAAUUUCAGUUCAAUACGGGUUUUAUGAAGAAUGUCAAGAGAAAUACGGACAUUCUGCUGUUUGGCUAAAUUGCUGUCGGGUAAGUGCAUUAUUUAUAUUGUUUGUGUUUAGUUAUUUAAACGAUAGAAUUGUCUAAUUGGCUAAGCCUUAAUACUAUGACUGUCAUAGUCAUUCUCUAUAAAGUUAUGUUGAGUUAGCCCUUUUAAGCUCCAUUUUAACGUUUGAAGUUUUAUUUAUUACAAUAACGUUAUUUAUUUUUUGAUAAACUUUAGGUAUUUGACAUGCUUCCAAUUGCUGCCUUAAUAGACGAUUCCUACUUUUGCGUUCACGGUGGAAUCUCUCCAAGUCUCCCAACAAUAGAUCACAUUCUGGCUUUGCAAAGGGACGUUGAAGUGCCACUAUCAGGUAUUUUGUCAGACAUCUUGUGGUCUGAUCCGGAUGACACGAUUGGUACAUUCGCUCCUAAUCAACGAGGUGCUGGAUUUGUAAGUUCUUGAUUGUUACUUUAUGUGUGUAUGAGUAUUUUUCAAUUUGGUAGUUCCAACACAUGGAUUAUUAUGUUUUUCAAUUAAUUCUGCGCUGUCUGAUCUCGAAAAUUUGCUUUGAGUGGGGCACAUAAUUAUUUGAAAAACCUAAUAGAAGUGGUUUAAAAGCUUUAAGAAUUAUUUUAGUUGUUCGGAGAACAAGCUGUUGACAAGUUUCUGGACGACAAUAAGGUGAACAUGAUAGUAAGGUCUCACCAGCUGGUAAUGGAGGGAUUCAAGUAUAUGUUCAACGAAAAGUUAGCUACUGUUUGGUCAGGUACGUUUCUCUUCAUUACUGGCCAUACUCGUUUUUUUAUUUUAUGUUGUUUUAUGUCUAAAAAAUGUUUUUUGAGUGUAAUAUCAUGUAUAAUAUCAUCAAAUUAAAACAGUGUCUUUUACCGCUCAAUUAUUGGCUAGAACAAAAAGAAUAUCGUUUUCUUUUACAUUUAAAACUUUUUAUAAAAUAAAAUAAAAUUUUUUACUUAAAUCUUUAUAAACAAUGUCAUUUCAGCGCCAAACUACUGUUACCGCUGUGGUAACAUGGCGAGUAUGUUCAACAUCUCGGGAGUUUGUGAUCCGGUUCCUAGGAAGUUUGAUUGUGCACCAAAUUGGCAACGGAAGAUACCAGACAGAAUGGUCACGCCUUACUUUUUGUAA